GGCUGAUUUUUUACUAUCUCCCGCUUUUCCCGUUCGUUUUAUCAUUAGUGCGCAGAGUUAGUUGCAAUCGACGAGUUUUCAUGAAAAAUUUCUUAGAGAAUUCCUCCCAGAGGUCUGCGUUUGAGGUGCAUGGAGACGCGACUGAUGUGUGGCUCCCUGAUCAAGGAGAGUGUAAUCGGAAGUAGCAUUGAAUGUCGAUCACAGAAAUACCCACCAGGUGGCGAUUGUGGACUCUGCUGGCCAAGUGGCUAGAAGCCGUUUUUUGCAUUCAAGCAGUAAGCUCUUGCACGCCCACUUCGAAAGCGGGGCCUCAUAAAGCGUCACGCCCGUCACUUGGUCCCUCAUCCACUCUCACCUGUGUUUUUUUCUCAGCAGCGCCAUGUAGAGCUUCCGCUGCGGCGACGCCAUGAGCAUCCAACUAAUACGUCGGAAUCGGUAAUCUGCUCAUGUUUUUGGCAACGCCUAAUCGGUCAGAAGUGCAAGGAGGGAGUCGUCAUGGCUGUUACUACUCUGAUGUCCUUGCAGGCCCAUCUACAGCAAAGUUCUUUGCAUCGUAGUGUUGGUAAUUCAGCUCCACACUCUGAUGGAGUCAGAAGUCGUGCAAUUCGUGGAAGAGCUCAUGUUUCUGUUUCCAAUAAUGUUGUGGGUGAGGAGCGACAUGUCAAGUCUUUUCGGGACAGGGGUUCUAGUUUUGGAGAUUUUUGUUUGAAUGUGGCUACAAGGAUAAGGCACGGAACGUAUCAGUGCAGGGCAACGCCACUGGAAGAGGAAACCCCGAGUCUGUCCUCCGUGGGUGUGGAAGAGGAAACGGAGCUUCGGGAGCCUUUGGUGCCGGAGGAUAAGAAAGACAAGGAUAACAUCGAUUUUGACUGGAAUGCGGUCCUCUUGCCUUUCCUCUUCCCUGCUGUUGGGGGUUUGCUCUUUGGCUACGACAUUGGGGCCACUUCGGGGGCAGCCGUGUCCAUCGUUAGUCCGGAGCACAGCGGCACAGAUUGGUACAACUUAAGCUCACUGCAGACAGGGUUAGUUGUCAGUGGCUCCCUCUAUGGUGCCCUGGCAGGCUCCGUGUUGGCAUUUGGCAUUGCCGAUUUUCUGGGGCGGAGAAAGGAGCUCCUGCUUGCAGCUUUCUUGUACAGUGUUGGCGCUUUAGUCACCGGCUUUGCCCCGAAUCUCGCAGCUGUCGUUGUAGGGAGACUGAUUUUCGGGCUUGGAAUUGGCCUUUCUAUGCACGCUGCUCCCAUGUAUAUUGCAGAGACAUCCCCGAGUCAAAUUCGUGGCACUCUUAUCUCUCUAAAAGAGGCUUUCAUCGUCGGGGGGAUUUUGUUAGGUUAUGUCGUUGGUAACAACCAGGUAGACGCCAUCGGCGGAUGGCGCGUUAUGUUUGGAUUCGGAGCUCCGAUUGCAGCUCUCAUGGGGGCGGGUAUGUGGUGGCUGCCACCGUCGCCGAGAUGGCUCCUUCUCCGAGCAGUGCAGGGUAAGGGCAACGUGAAAGCCUUAAAACAGGAGGCAACGUCUGUGCUGCAAAGACUUCGAGGACCUUCCUACACCCAAGAAUCGGCUGAAGCGGAGUGUGUGCAGCAGUGGACUGGGUUGAAAGCUGCGUGCGAAGGAGAAGAUGCUGAUGUCUCUUUCUCAGAAUUGUUCCAAGGGUCUAACGCGAAAGCCCUUUUCGUCGGCACGGGGUUAGUGGCCUUCCAACAGUUCACGGGCCAGCCGAGCGUGCUAUACUACGCUGCCCCCAUUCUGCAAAGCGCAGGAUUCGCUGCUGCGUCGGACGCAACCAGGCUUGCCGUCUUGCUCGGGUUCUUCAAGCUCAUCAUGACGGCUGUCGCGGUCCUCAAUGUGGACAAACUCGGCCGACGCCCAUUGCUCCUCGGCGGCGUGGCAGGAAUCACCAUAAGCUUAGCCACCCUUGCGGCAUAUUUCUCCUUCUUGCAAGACUAUCCUUAUCUGGCUGUAGGUUCCCUCCUACUCUAUGUUGGUAGCUACCAGAUCUCCUUCGGACCUAUUUCGUGGCUCAUGGUAUCUGAGAUAUUUCCUCUUCGGACACGAGGACGAGCGCUCGGUGUGACGACGUUGGUGAACUUUGGAUCCAAUGCUCUGGUUGCACUAGCGUUUGCUCCUCUCCAGGAUCUCGUGGGGGAGUCUUACACGUUUGUGAUAUUCGGGAUCAUUGGUACGCUUGCGUUAACCUUCAUCUACACAAGCGUUCCAGAGACGAAGGGUUUGAGCUUAGAGCAGAUCUCGGCUAAGCUGGAGGAGAGUUAGAACUCGUCGUGGUGAAUUGGUUCUUCAAAGAUAGGACAGUCUUUCAUGGUGGAAAUGAAACGUUUGUAUGUAUGCCCUUGUAUAGUCUCAUAAAGUAUUUGUAAACAAAUAUCACAA